AGAUACACACUGAUUAGAGAGAAUCUUAAAGGGGCAAAGUGCAAUUUCUUAAGCGCACGGCAAAUAGGAACAACUUCUGUCGCCCACUGUCCCCACACCAACGUUUUAGUAGUUUUAGGACGGUUUGUAAAAAGUUGAAUUUCUAGUGAGGUAAAGGGCUUUGCGUAUACUAGGACAUACAACACACAGAACACAAAUUAAAAUCUGAGGGCCGUCAGUUGUAACGUCUACAACAGAAAAGAGCGAAAGAAAACAGUGAAAAUGGCAGCUAUUCCAAUGACAGUGCAAGAAUCUGACAGAGUCUACCUACCAGAGGAGUCCUUUGGGAAUGAUUGCCAUCACACAGUAUGUUAUCAGCGGCAUACAUUUGAGAACUUGGGAUAUGAAUCCGACAGACCGAUCUCCCGGUAUUCUACACCAUCUAAUACCACCAAAAUUACUAUUGAUAUAACAGGCAUGACAUGUCAGUCUUGUGUGAAAGUAAUAGAAGAAAGAUUGCCCAAAAUCGAAGGGAUAGUGGCUGUAAAAGUAUUCCUGGAGACGAGAAAGGCUGUUGUGGAAUAUGUUGCUUCAGUCAUUAGUUUGCAGCAUAUCUGUAAGGAAAUUGAGACAAUGGGCUUUGGUGCAUCUAUGGCUGUUAGCAGAUGUGGCUCAUCAACCAAAAGGAGCUUGUUACCAGGAGAGUCUGUUGUCAAGAUUCAGGUGGAGGGCAUGACAUGUCAGUCUUGUGUCAACUCCAUUGAAGGAAUGAUUGGCAAACUGAAGGGUGUUUUGAGAAUCAAUGUGUCUCUGAGUAGUCAAGAAGCCAUCAUUGUCUACAUGUCUAACACAAUUCAGCCUGAGGAGCUAAGAAGGCAAAUUGAGGACAUGGGUUUUGUGGCUUUACUAAGAAACAACUUAGAUUCCUCUAAUUUGGAAUAUACAGAUAUUGAAAGUCUACAAAGGAAUACGGAUUUUGCUCAAAAUUCUCUCAACAGUGUAAAUUGUGAGAAAACUGCAACUGUAAAAAUUGAAGACCUGCACCUUUUAUCUAGUUUCCAUAACAUUGAAAAAAAUUUGUCGACAUUGCCAGGCAUUAAAGAUAUUAGACUGUCCCUUGAAGCCAGCAGUGCUGAAAUUCAUUAUAAUCCAGGAUUGCUUACAUUAAAUACAUUGAAACGAUACAUAGAAAGCCUCCUACCUGGCAAUUUUAAUGUCUGCCUUGGUAAUGAGAAUGACAAAACAGGAUUGGUUAAUAUAUCAUCUCCAGAACUCAUGCCAGGUUGUCCAACACUGAGAAUUAAAAAGGACCAAACAAAACAUCAGUCUGCUAUCAUUUUUAUUCGAGGAAUGACUUGUAACUCCUGUGUGCAGUCAAUAGAAGAGAAGAUUUCAAAAAUGAAAGGUGUCCAUAGUAUAAUAAUAUCUUUGGCUGAAGAAAAGGCCACUGUGCAAUUUGAUCCAACACUAUCCAAAGCAGAAGACGUGAUGUUUGCAAUAGAAGACAUGGGAUUUGAAGUACAUACGUUUGAUGACCCAGUUAUGGAGACUCAGCUUUCAAGAACCACAUCUGGCCAAAACAAAUUACACCAGAAGAAAAUAGAUGCAAAAUGCUCCACAUCACAGAAUUUUGAUAGCUUUAUUGGUUUCCUUCCAAAAAAGUCAACUUUACGUAAUCUCACAUCUGAAGGGGAGAAACUAGAGAAGUGUUUUAUAAAGGUAACCGGAAUGACUUGUGCAUCCUGCAUUGCCACCAUUGAAAGAAACUUGCUGAAACAUCCAGGUAUUACAUCAGUUCUGGUAGCAUUAAUGGCUGGAAAAGCAGAAGUAAAGUACAGACCAGAGUUUAUUGACCCUUUGCAAAUAACCGAGCAAAUUAAAAGCUUGGGAUUCGGUGCCUCUAUAAUGGAUGACAAAUCUCUAACUGAGGGGAAGUUGGAUCUUGCUAUUACAGGGAUGACCUGUGCUUCUUGUGUCCAUAACAUUGAGUCAAGACUAAUGAGGACAUCUGGAAUAUUGUAUACCUCUGUAGCACUUGCCACCAACACUGCUCAUGUUAAAUAUGAUUCAGAAAUUCUUGGUGCUCGAGAUAUUAUCAGGAUCAUUGAGGAUCUUGGAUUUCAUGCUUCCUUGAUGAAAAAUGAAAACAGAGCCCAGUACCUGGAUCAUGAGGAAGAAAUCAGACAGUGGAGAAAGUCUUUUUUGUAUAGUCUAAUUUUUGGAAUCCCUGUUAUGGUUUUGAUGAUAUAUAUGAUGGUUAUGGACCACAAACAAAGUGGAACAGAGCACCAGGAGCAUCAAAUUCUGCCAGGAUUGUCUUUGUUCAAUCUUCUGUUUUUCAUUCUCUGUACUUUUGUACAGUUUUUAGGGGGAUGGUACUUCUAUAUCCAGGCCUAUAAAUCCCUGAAACACAAAUCUGCAAACAUGGAUGUGCUUAUAGUGCUGGCAACAACAAUUUCUUAUAUUUACUCUGUUGUGAUUCUGAUAGUGGCCAUGGUGGAAAAAGCAGUACAUAGCCCAAUCACAUUCUUCGACACCCCACCAAUGCUAUUUCUUUUCAUUGCUUUAGGAAGGUGGCUGGAACAUAUUGCAAAGAGCAAAACAUCAGAAGCUUUAGCUAAGCUUAUGUCACUGCAGGCAACUGAUGCAACAAUAGUGAUUUUUGGACAAGAUCAUUUAAUUCUAAGUGAACAGCAGGUAGCAGUGGAACUGGUUCAGAGAGGUGACAUUGUAAAAGUUGUCCCUGGAGGAAAGUUUCCAGUUGAUGGGAAAGUUAUCGAUGGAAACUCCAUGGUUGAUGAAUCUUUAAUUACAGGUGAGCCCAUGCCAGUAACUAAAAAAUCUGGAAGUUCAGUCAUUGCUGGCUCCAUCAACGUACAUGGCUCCCUUCUGGUGGAGGCAACACAUGUAGGUUCAGAUACAACAUUAUCACAGAUUGUGAAGCUGGUGGAGGAAGCACAGAUGUCAAAGGCACCCAUUCAGCAAUUUGCAGAUAAAUUAAGUGGAUAUUUUGUUCCGUUCAUCAUUGUGAUUUCAGUUAUAACUUUAGUUGUCUGGCUGGUGAUUGGCUUUUUGGAUUUUGAUAUUGUGUUGAAAUAUUUUCCAGAUUCCAAAAACCUCUCAAAGGCAGAGGUUAUUGUGCGAUUUGCCUUCCAAACAUCAAUUACAGUACUUUCCAUUGCCUGUCCCUGUUCAUUGGGCUUGGCCACACCAACAGCAGUGAUGGUUGGAACUGGUGUGGGUGCUCAGAAUGGCAUUCUUAUUAAAGGCGGUGAACCUCUGGAAAUGGCACAUAAGAUAAACACGGUUAUGUUUGAUAAAACCGGAACAAUAACACAUGGAAUUCCUAAGGUGAUGCGUGUGCUGAUUUUGUCUGACAUCUCAAAAUUAUCCCUGAGGAAACUACUGGCAAUCGUAGGCACUGCAGAAGCAAGCAGCGAACACCCACUUGGCAUGGCUGUGACAAAAUACUGCAAACAGGAACUAGAAACUGACAUGUUGGGAUACUGCACUGAUUUCCAGUAUGUUCCAGGUUGUGGAAUAAGUUGUAAAGUCACCAACAUUGAAUCUCUCCUGCAACAGAAUAAGCAGACAUUGAAUUCACAAGAUUCCCGCUUACUGCAAAUUUCUGAAAGCACCUCUGAUAAAACUGUGCCAACUACAAAUCCAGGCUUGACAGAUCAUAAAAUACCUCAGACCUUUUCUGUCUUGAUUGGAAACCGGGAGUGGAUGAGAAGGAAUGGCCUGGAUGUUUCAAGUGACAUUGAUGAAGCCAUGUCUGGUCAUGAGAGAAAAGGACAGACUGCUAUCUUAGUAGCUGUUGAUGGUGUUCUAAGUGGAAUGAUUGCAAUAGCGGAUACUGUCAAGCCAGAAUCUGCUCUCGCUGUAUAUACCUUGAACUCAAUGGGUAUUGAUGUGGUUUUAAUAACUGGUGACAACCGGAAGACUGCAAAAGCAAUUGCUACACAGGUGGGAAUUAAGAAAGUGUUUGCUGAAGUGCUUCCAUCCCACAAAGUUGCCAAAGUAGAAGAACUACAGGAAGAAGGGAAGAAAGUGGCAAUGGUGGGUGAUGGAGUAAACGAUUCUCCAGCUCUGGCCCGUGCAGAUGUUGGCAUUGCAAUUGGGACAGGCACAGACGUGGCCAUUGAAGCAGCAGAUGUAGUGCUAAUUAGGAAUGACUUAUUAGAUGUUGUGGCUAGCAUAAACUUGUCCAAGAAAACAGUCCGAAGAAUAAGAAUAAAUUUUAUAUUUGCUCUUUUUUACAACCUGCUGGGAAUACCAAUAGCUGCAGGUGUUUUCUUACCUGUGGGCCUGAUAUUACAGCCCUGGAUGGGUUCUGCAGCUAUGGCAGCUUCUUCAGUCUCAGUUGUGGUUUCAUCUUUACUUCUCAAAGUCUACAAGAAGCCAGACCAAGAGAAAUAUGAGGCUCGUGCUCAAGGUCGCAUGAAAUCCCUGAAUCCUUCAGAGAUCAGUGUGCAUGUUGGGAUGGAUGACCGGAGACAUGAUUUAUUGACAUUAAAUUAUACGAAACAAGCAUCUCUGGCUUCCAACUACAAAGACUCAGUAGAGAAUAAAUAUGACAAGUGCUCUUUGUUGGGGAGAGACAGUGAUGGAGAACAGAUAGUCUAGGACAGCAUGAGCAGGGACCCAAAAAUACUCUAUCACAUUAUGUUCACAAUUUAUCCUGUAAAUGAAGAAUUAAUUUUUUUUCUCAAAUUCUUCAAUUAUAGUAUCCACAUUUUGUGGAAUGUAGUCCAGCAAACUUUGAAUGGGACCACUGCUAUACUUACUGUUCUAAGCCUAAAAAUACAUUGCAGUGUCAGCAGCCAUUACAAAAUACAUUUUAUCUGUUUUUCCAGUAAAGUGACAUUUACUUCAUUAGGCAAUGUGUAAAACAUUCUCUCUAGAAAAAUAUUAUCUGUAAGUAAAUACUUCUUUAUCCAAAGAUCAUAAUCAAUGAUUAAACUGAAUUAAAGGUGCAAAUUUAAAUGUUUUCAUAAGAAUAAGGUUCUAACCAAGUUUACAUUUUGAUUUCCAAGAUAUAAAAUUAAACUUAAAUAGGAUUAAAGUAUGGAAUGAGAUAUCAAAAAUAAUUUUACUAAAACUAUAAUUAAGGCAAAACACCAUGUCCAUGAUAUUUCUUUCUUUUCCUCUAUUUUUUUGAGGAAAACUGUCAACAACAAACCAGUUAAAUAGAACUUCUUGUUUUAAGGGUAGUCAGUUAAAGUUAAAAUUAUACUUAUUCAGUUUAAUAUAUACAAUAUUGUAAUCUCUUAGAAAUGAACAUACGGAACAUAUAAUUUUGUUCACAAACCUUUGAUAUUUUUGUUUUUUUUAGAAAAAGUUGGUACAGUGUUAGUGUAUUUUAUUGACGCCACUUGGGCACUUAAAGAUGUGAAAUUAAAAUAAUAGCCCUGUAAUGUUCAUUGUUCCUUAAAAUUAUUAUUUGCUAAAUUAGUAGAAUUAAAUUUGUCAUAUUUAACUACCUAUGUUUGUGUUUUUAUAAGCUAAGAAAUGUAUCAGAAAUUCAAAUUUUUUUUUUUUUUAUUAUUAUUUUUGUAUAAGAUGCACAUUGUGCCAGUGGUUAGUGUUGCUCAUCAGGGUUUGAUUCUCACCUCAGUCACUGUCUGUGUCUCACUUUCCUGCUCACACCGUAUUUCCCCAGGUACUCCUGCUUCCACCAGUAUCCUGUAUUUUUUAACUAGCAACUCUAAACUGUCCCAGUGGGCUGUGCACCCUGUGAUAGACGGGUGUCUGUUCCAUCCAUUGCUGACUGAUGCCCUCAGCUCCUUGCAUCCCCUUACUAGAAAGAGUGGGUUCAGGAAUGGAAGAGUAGAUGGUGCAGUGUUAGCUGUAAUUUCAGGUUUGGUUUUUUUCCAUUUGUCUUUUUCUAACAACAGUGUGAUGUGUUUUUUAUGUUAUUUGCACAAGUUUCCGGUAAAAUGUGUUUACAUGCAAACUCUUAAUUUAUAAUGGGCCAUUUAAAACCUUAACACUAAAGGCAAUAUAUAAAGUAUGUACAAAACAAUUUGUGUUAUUAUAUAAUAAGGUAACAAAAAUAUUGUCCACAUUACAUAUCUACGCUUUUAACAGUUCUGCUAAUUCAGGAUUGUUCUAUAUUGGAUGUGUAAUCUUAAUUAUUCACUGACAGUGUUGGAAUUUAUAGAAGCUUUUCUUAAUUACUUAAGAAGAUUUACUAUUUGUGGCAUUGUGAAUGUAUUUUUUGUUUGUUAAGUUGAACUUAAUGAAAUUUAUAAUGUUUCAUAUGUAUAAAAAAAUGUACAGCCAAAAUAUGAAUUCAUAAACUCUAU